AUGGCCCUUGCGGCCUCUACUGCCGAGGCUGUCUCCCAGGGUUUCAACUACGGCAACAAGAAGGCCGAUGAGAGCUCCAUGUUCCAGGCCGACUUCGAGGCCUCCUUCAAGGCCGCGAAGGGUCUGGUUGGCACUGACGGUGGCUUCACCAGCGCUCGUCUCUACACCAUGAUCCAAGCCUACAGCACCAACACCCCCAUCGAGGCCAUCCCCGCUGCCAUCGCUCAGGACACCUCCCUCCUGCUCGGUCUGUGGACCUCCGGUGGUGGCAUGGCCAACGAGCUCGCUGCCCUUAAGUCCGCCAUCUCCGAGUACGGUGAGGACUUCACCAAGCUCGUUGUCGGUAUCUCCGUCGGCAGUGAGGAUCUCUACCGCAACUCCGUCGAGGGUGUUGAGGCCUCUGCCGGUGUCGGUGUCAACCCCGACGAGCUCGUCGAGUACAUCCAGCAGGUCCGUGACCUGAUCGCCGGCACCGGACUGGCUGAUGUUCCCAUCGGCCACGUCGACACCUGGGACUCCUGGACCAACACCUCCAACUCGGCUGUCAUUGAGGCCGUCGACUGGCUCGGUUUCGAUGGCUACCCCUUCUGGCAGUCGACCUUUGAGAACGACAUCAGCAACGCCAAGCAGCUCUUCCUCGAAUCGUGGGAGAAGACCAAGGCCGUCGCCGGCAGCAAGGAGGUCUGGAUGACCGAGACCGGAUGGCCCGUCAGCGGUGACUCUGAGGGUGAUGCGGUCGCCAGCGCUGCCAACGCCAAGAUCUACUGGGAUGAGGUUGGUUGCCCUCUGUUCGGCAACACCAACACCUGGUGGUACAUCCUCCAGGACACCGACGGUGCCACCCCCAACCCUAGCUUCGGCGUUGUCGGUAGCACCCUGAGCACCACUCCUCUGUACGACCUGUCUUGCAAGAACUCUACUUCUUCCGCCACCUCCACUGCUUCUUCGUCUUCUGCCUCUGCCACCGGUUUCUCUGGUAAGACUACUGGAUCUUCCAGCUCCGGCUCUUCCGCCUCUGGCUCCGGCUCUUCUGGCUCCAGCUCUGGCGCUUCUGCCUCCGGCUCCGGCUCUUCUGGCUCCAGCUCUGGCGCUUCUGCUUCCGGCUCUGGCUCUGGCUCUGGCUCUGGCUCCGGUUCCGGCUCUGGCUCCGGUUCCGGCUCCGGCUCCGUCUCUGGCAGCUGGGGUGGCCGCAACGGCACCUGGGGCAGCCACGGCAACGGCACUUACCCCGGCUUCCGCCCCUCCGCCAGCUCCGGUCUGACCCCCUCCGCCAGCGCUGCUGCUGGUAGCUCCGGCUCCUCCGGUUCCAGCUCCAGCUCCGGCUCCAGCUCCGGCUCCAGCACCGGCACCUCCGCUGCCGCCGCCUCUUCCUCCGGCCUCUUCACCGGUGGCUCCGGCCGUGUCCUCCCCGGCUCUCUCCUCGGUGCCGUCGUCGGCAUCCUCGCCCUGGCUGUCUUGUGA